GGAAGUGGAACUUGUUGAGGUUCGGGUCAGACGCUAACUGAAAAAUAUUAAAAGAAGAUUAUUGCUAUAUAUUUGAAAAAUUGUGCCACCAAAAGUGAAAACCUUAAAGAUAAAGAGUAAGACAGUGCAAUUGUAGCUUAUUUCGUUAGAGGAAUUGGAAACAAUUCGUGUGCAUAGGCUCAUUCCGGCUGGACAACAUUCACCAACGGGUGCCUGCAUAACGGUCGGAUAUCAAAAUGUCCUAUGCCAGCAGGAUCGAUGGAUUGCGGAAAGGUUUCGGAAAGAAAAGCAGCGCCUUCCAAACGGUGCAAGAGUUGCAGGAUCUUUUCGAUGGCAUCGGUAAACAGGUAGAUCGGGAAAAAGCAGCCAUUUAUGUUUUCAAGGAAUUGCUGGAUGAGUAUAUGGAUUUGGAUGACGAUAAAAAGGAGCAGUGCCAAGCUCUGCUGGUAGCGCUGAAAUACUUGAUAGAGCAAUGCAAGGAUGCGGAUGAAGCUGUGAAGAGACAUUUCGUGCCACGAAUUUACAAUGUUGUGGUUAAGAUUAUCAACAAAGAGAACAAACGAUACAUGAUAAUCAAGAGUUGUCAACUUAUGCAUAUCUGCCCAGCAAUGGACGAACACAUGGAACUGUAUCUCCGGAUUAGCAAAGUAGCACUCAAAGUGGUUUGUGAACUACAUGGUAAACCGCCGAAGGUCAAGUGUACUGAGUACAAGGAAGCUAUCUCGGAUGGGUUGGAUUUCAUCUGCUCGACCAGUUUGCGGUUGGUGAGGUGUUGGUCUAACUCGGAAGAAGUAGAUGUGCGUGCAAAAGCGUUGGCAAUUUUUCACGAUGUGUUCAACAAUGGUACGGCGUUGCUUUAUCGUCUGUUCAGCAUCGAACCUAAUCGGGCGACGCAAUUUUUCAACUCCAUUGUGGAUGCGUUUCGAAUAGAGGGCAGAUUCAGUCCGACGGAGCUGAUUGAAAUGUUUCAGAGUAGUAUAACUUACUUGGAAACGAUUCUGAGCUUGGGUGAGGCCAACCGGCAGUAUAUGGCGUUUGUUCGAUUCUUAGACGUGUUCGAUAGGAUAGAGGGAGAACCAGUAGCUAGUUAUGUGAAAGUUUUAAAAACAUACUUAAAGUUUCAAAGUGAUUCUGCGCCGGACGAGAAAAAGUUAAUUUGGAUUUCGGAAAAGCUGAAGGAUUUGAGUGGGAGCUUUGUUACGGAUCCAUUACUGGUUGAGGUAGUUGUUUUUAUUAUUCUGCAACUAAGGAUACAUAUAGAUCAGAUGAAACUGCAAGUUCAAGGAAUAGCAAUGCAGGCUAUAGAGCUGUGCAAAACGUUAACGAAAUUCAGCAAACACUGCCCACGAAACGUGUCACAGAUUUGUGCUCGAUGCGAAAGUUCCAGUCGACAUUUGAUAGAUUACAUUUCUACGAUGGUGGUCCAUAUCGCUAUGAUCAUGUCGAAAGCGGGUCAUCAGAUAAGCCCAGAGAUGGUUGCUUUGGUAAACGGAUUUUUGAAGCACAAAUUGCUUACCCUGGACGCCAUGAACUGUGAUAAAAAGCAAUCUCUAUUAGAUACAGGUCUGCGAUUCGCUGCCAAUUGGGUGCGGGCUUCCUUACAGGUUGUUUCAGGAAGAGAUCUACUUGAACUGGUUAGAAUGGUGACCGAUUUUAAGUAUCGACAUGGGUUCGACUUCUUGACACCUAGUUACCUGAUCCGGUUAGUGGAAAAUUGCCUAAAAGACACCGAAUCUGCUGUAGACAUAAUUGACAUUAAACUUGUCAAGCUACUGAUGGUUCUUCGAGAGAAAAACGAUGACACGGAACAAUGCAAAGAAUUAGACGAGAUCGUGUACGCUGUGAUAAAUCAUCAAAUUAACGGCACUGACGAAAGUAUUCGUCAGAUGAACAUCGUGCAGCUAUUGGUUCGUGCUGAUUUACAAAAGUUUGGCUUUCCAGUCGAACAGGAUUUGAAUAACGAGGAAAAAACAACUAUUCUGUUAGCCGAAAUGAACUGGGCAUCCCGUUAUAAGAAUUGUAACAUCCUGGACUAUUUCCACCUGCUAAGGCAGCUUAAUGCUGAUGCGCUGAAGCUCGGUAUGACAAUUUAUAUGCUAGGAGAUGGCUCUUUUAAUGAAAUUCCGGAUGAGACCGUGGAUGCGUUAAAAGUUCAAAUUCAAAACGCUCGCCCAAAGACGGCAAUCGAUCGGAUACGCCGACACAGUUCACUGGGAGUUCUGUACUACUAUGCGUACAGUGCUCGUUCUAAAGCCACCGUGAACAAAUUGAAAAGCUGCGCGCUUCACAAAGAAACUAUAAACAAUGAUCAGAUUAACGACGUGUUAAUGGAGAACCUAAUGGACCAGGAAGCUAUCCUCCUAUCUCAGCUAGAGCAAACCUAUACCAACUUUCGAGAAAUGGUACUCACACUGGCGGAAACUUCUUUCCAACAUUUCAGUCUCAUCUAUUCUCUGAAUCAGAUAGCUUCUAUGCUCGACAACACGUCUCACUUUUAUCAGAUUUGCUACCAUCCUCGGCGAGCUGUAGAAAUGCAGCUUCUUAACUACAUGCUGGUAAGUCAAAAACCUAACCGAAUGCUAGAUAUGUGUCGUUCGCUAGGUCACCUGAUCGAGAAUUGGAAAAUCUACCAACAACUCCUCGAUGAUCCUGUCUACAAAAAUCAUUGCAUACCUUCGCUACAUCAAUUGGUUCAGAAAACCCUCGAAAUUAUAGCUUCAAACGAAGCUGAGCUCCUUCAGCUUCCCGAAACCCGGCAGUAUCAUUUCUUGAACCUUUACGUAUGCUUGGCGAUGUACAGUGCAUCCGAGAGCAACCUUUCGGGUGCCAUCAAUUACUUGCAAAAGCUCAACACGUUGCUUCAGCAACUACCGGAAAAAUGCUCCAACACCAUCUCCAUCGUUCGUGGCCGAAUCUAUCAUGCCCUGUUUCGGUUAAUUACCGUGUACCACUUGCCACCACCGCAGGGGAUAUCCCCGCGUAUCUUGAUUCGGUUAAUGUUGGGUCAUUUCAACGAGAUGCAGAAACUAACUACAGACCAUGCCUUUGCUGCCUCAACCAGCACACUGGAGAUGACGGUGGACACGAUGCGCUACUUGAUGCUCCGGUAUGACACCGAUCGGAUUGAGCCCCACGUGGAACAGAUCCUUCGUUUCGUAUUGCGACGCGGUGCGGGACUCCGUGCGUUGCACAUCCUGGCGAUGUACGCCGCGAUGAGUGCCGAUAGCGAGAAGGAGGAUAAGUGCCGGAUGCUACUCACCUACAUGGAUCGGCUGUUGAUGUUUCGCCCGCUAGGCACGAAUGGCAAAGCUCAUUCGCACAAAAUCAUCGAUCCCAUCCUACAAGCAUCGGCCCGACUCGAGAUUCCUUUCAUCUCACUCGAGGAUAGUCCCAACACAGUGGAUCAAACACGGAAAGCAGUUAAGCUCGUUAAAUCACCUUCGAAGAGAAGCCCUUCACCAAAUUUGUUUCCCGAAGAGAAAAUUGACGCCAAGCGGUACAUAAUUCAACAUCACACAGGCUGCAGCUGUCAGUUCUGUACACAUCCACAGUACAAAUGCCAAUCGCUGUUAACGCUGGCCAGUUAUGCUCGGUUGGCCUUUUUAAAAAAUCGCUCAGCAGACUGCCGAAAUCUGUACGAAGCUUUAGCACAUCAUUGGAAGCUUAGGAAGCACACAUACAGUUGCUCAUCUUUGAUUGGAUACGACGAGGAGUUCUUGACGUUUUUGGCACGAUCAUUCAUGCAUUACGGUCAGUUCCUAUCGAAAGAGGGACAGCUAGAGCUGGCACGCGAGGAGUUUAACAAAAGCAUUGACAUGCUGCAAAGCAUUAAAACCGUGGAUCUUGAUCUAGUCGAAGAAGUUGAGAUGAACAUCGAAGCACUCAAAGAUUUGCAGACACUGGAUGCGGUAAUAAAACCCACGGUAAACUUACCCAGCUAUGCAGAAUUUCUGAAGAAAAAUCCACGUAAUGAUUACGCGCCUGUGGUGGAAUUCGACCGACUAGAGCUUCGAACACCAAAAGUUGGUACCAAUAGACUGAUUCCUAAAACUGUGAUGCAAUCCAACCGAGUGGAACCCCGAACACCGAAGGUCGGAACAGUUAGACUGAUUCCCAAAACUGCUUGCCGAGCAGAUGAUCUGCUAAAACAGGUUGCAAGGAAACGUUUGAAAACAACUCUCGCCAAAGAUUUUAGCGAAGAAUCGACACUCAUCAGCGCCAUGUCUGGAUUAUCCUGUGGGUCUGAGAGGAAACCGAAAACGGUGCGAAUUUUUGUCGAUUCACCUGAAAAACCACUUGCCGAAGCUCAGAAAAAUGAUAAAAAACAACCGUUCGCCGUAAAUAUCAGUGCCAAGCAAAAAGAGAUAACUCCAAAGAGACGCGGUCGAAAGAAGAAAGUGGAAGGCGAAACUCCUGCAGGUCCUAAAUCGACUCGAAAGAAGCGUAUACCUCUGAGUCCCUGCCUAAAAUCAUCAUCUUCCAACGAAUCCUUCAAAGACAUUCUGGUCAAGGCAAUCGAGUGCAGUACUCCCAAGACGAACAAUGUGACUGCGAGAAGCAAAGCUCGAACCACCAGUAAAAAACCCAAGCUAGUUUCGGAUUUCCCAAAACUCAAACGCAGUGAAAGUAAAUCCCCCCGAGCAGAACAAAAUCUUUCCCUCAACAGUUCCUAUCGUGACGUACUGCUAAAAUCGUUAACCGAGGGUUCUAAGCCCAAUUCAAACGAUUCCUGUGUCAUCAUUCUGGACGACUCAGACCAUGAAGUAGUCAAUACCAGCCUCAACGAAAAUAAUUCGGUAACCGAAUCGAACAACGGAACGCUCUCGCUGAAAAAGUAUUCGGAACGAAACGCUCAGGUCGGCUACGGCAGUGCUAGAAAAACAACCGUUAAGACACGCCUUCAGUUUGAUACGUCGGUUAUUGACAUCACGACACCGGUUAGUUCUCCGGCGGUUAGUUCGGCGACCGAGCUAUCUAGCGCAGGGUCAGCCGGCUCAUCCGCAGGAGUGGUAAGAAAAGUGAGAGGACGGCCUAAAGGUGGUAAAACGCCACAGAUUACUACAGUAGUGGAGGAUGCCACAAGUGUUCGUGUUACUAGAAGAAAGGGGAAGGGGAAAAUUGAAAAAGACUAAGCAGCAGCGGUGCGGUAAAUUUGUACAAUUCAGGUAACGCUUUUAUUUUUAAUUUUUAAUAUAUUAUGGUUUCUAUUAUUUAUGUGAUUUUGUAGUUUAGUGAAUAAUUCCUCAUAAUCUACUUCAAUUUUAUAUGUUGUUUAGAUAGCAAUAAAAUCGAUACAAUUGUUUACUCUGUAUUAUAAAAUGAAAAA